ACCAUUUUUUCGAGGAUUGAUUAGCCAGCCCAAAGCCGAGACUGUCAAACCUUGUUAAAAAACAAUUAAAACAAGAAAUAAUCUUUUUUUAUAUAAAUUAAAAGUAAAAUAUUGGACAAUUUUUUUUUUUUUUUUGCCGUGUUUUGUGAGUGUCUCUAAAAAGCAAACUUUGUCAGCCUCUGCUUGGGCUGGCUUGUCGCUGCAGAUCAAGCCGGUUUCCGCAGCCUCUGACCAUGAAGACGGUAAUAAAGCCAUCUUUUUCCUCACCAAGCCGGACAGAAGCAGACAGCAAAGUCCAGAAGUGCUUGAGGGAGAAGAGACGCCUUCCACCAGUCUAAUUGCGCCGCUGCGGCUCCUCUCAUCGCAAACAUCCGCAUGCUACAUUGCUCAAGUGCCAAAGUGGAGCUUAUGGUGCAGCCCAUUUGUGCUCAUCUAUUGCACUGAUGGUACCACCCUAAACAGUGGAAGAAUGAAUGCUCUGGAAGAGGACCAACAACAGGACGACCACCAGGAGCAAGGUUUUAAAAGUUAUAAGCUAGUUCGAGGUUUUAUUUAUUUCCCCUUUCCCUUAUGCAGUAAAAAUACUCACGACCAAUCAAAUGUAAUUUCAAAUCCUGUAAACUCUAAAGCACUUCACAGCACCACUAAAAAUAUGACAAGUGUAAAACAUAAAACAACCUGUAUGUUUUCGAACAUUCUCAUGUCCAACGUGCCUUGUUUUGAAUUUGAUUUUACAAAAUGUAUUUUUUUCCCCUGGAAGGGGACAGUUUUGUCAAGGAGUUACAGCCCCUUUGAUUUCAGUACGGACAGUCUAAGACAUACAGAAAUACAAAUUCAGCAGAUUAAAGAAAUGUUUGAAAGACAAAUAAAAGACGAAGCUGAACUUUUUAACCAAAUGAAUUCCUCAGAAAACAAAUUAGAUUUAUUUGUUCCAGGCAGUGGCAUGCAGUCUAUUCUAAAUUAUUAUCAUAACAAAAAUGGGGGAACGGGUAAGCAAUAUGCAUUUGCUUUUGCUUUUGGGGAAAGAAACAAGUAUAAGUUUUUCAAAGCGAUUUAUCCACAUCAUGGAAAGAAACAAGUUACAAAACACUGUGAAGAAAUUCUCGCUGAAAAAAUUGAUAAAUCACUACAGAAGAAUAGAGAUAAAUUCAAGUAUGUUUUAAUGUAUACAGAGAAUAGCCCCUGUUUGAGAAGAGAAGGAAAAUCUUGCCCCUGCAUGUAUAAACUUUUGGAGUCCCUUCAGUGGCACAAAGAAUAUCGAGUUUUUACUCAUGUAAUAUUCACAAAAUGUUGGGGACUGAGUGGCCCAAAUUAUUCUAAACAUCUUACAGAUUCCACCAUCUUAGAUCCCCACAGUCAUUUCUAUCCAUAUGUUAAAAUAUGCGAGAAAAUCCCCUUCAAAUUAUGGACCAAAGAUUUCAAAAAAGAUGUACAAAACAUCUAUGGGAUACUCUCGUCUGUUGAAAAACAUGAUAGACAGAGAUUAAAAACAGAGAUUAAAUCUGCUCUCGAAAAACUUUUCGAAGUGGCUGAUGGGUCACUUGGUCUGAGCGAUGAACAUUUGGAGCAUGGAAUGAAAGAAAUUCGUUUAUUCACUUUUGACCCAAAGGUCCAAGAUAAAAUCUCUAAAAUUCUGAUCAAGACCUGGAAGGAAAUGGUUAUCAAAAGUUCAGUUUUGCCUGUGAGGGCAAAAAUAACCGCAGAUUACAACAUUGCAGUUGUUCAAUGUUUUAAUAAAGUCCUGAAGUCAUCUUUGGGGGACUGCAGACCUUUACAGCUUUUUAUGUUAAGGAAUCAGAAUACGCACAAUUAAUUAACUGUGUUUAUGGACGGAUCUUGCUUUUACUUACUCUUACUUUUUGCAAGAACCAAUCAUGUUUCUGGUCUUCCUAGUACAUAAAUGGUAUUAUUUAGAAUUUCAAAUCCUUUUUUGAAUUGUUUUCAAAAGUUUGAAAACUUAAAAAAAAAAACACUUUUAACUUUGAGUGCCAAUUGUAAUUAGUGCACUAAUUAUUGUUGCAACUCAAGAAUGUUUGUUGUCUGGAUCUUUGCUGUCUGCUGUGUCCUGAGCUCUUGGCAAUAAAUUUUUAAAGUAACAUGA